UGUACUCUAUUUUACAUUUUCUCAUAAAAAUUUACAACUUAUUUUAUUGCAAUUAAAAUAAGUGAAUUUAACUCAACAUUCGUCCAAUCAACGAAAGUAAUAAUUAUUAUGACCCUCCCAGAUUCCCUAUCUGCUAAAGAUAAAGAUUCGUUUGCAUAUGUUAUAAUAAAAUAUCGAUUACCCACUAUUUUGGGUCAGGUUAUAAAUUUUGUGAACCGAAGUAACAAAGAUUUUAGGAGCAAAUAUGGAAUUGAAGCUGAAAAGGAUAUUGAGGAAAUAAAUGGUGGACUUUUAAAAUUAAAUUAUGAAUUACGAAAUAAUAAGGCUAUUGAAAAAUUUAGAAGCGAUAAAAAUGACAUCGACUUUUGGAAUAAGGAAUUUGAAAGAUUAUUGAAGAAUAACUCAAAUAUUACUUGGUAUGAAAGUCCUAGUUUAUUUGUCGAAUCUUAUAUGUACAGGAAUAUCAAUGAAAUAUUUUAUAAAAGCAAGUAUUUACAAGACUUUGAUCCAUUUUCUGAAUCAAAAGAUAAAUCCUUUAAAAAUUCAAUUAAUGGCAUAUAUGCAUUAUGUAAAUAUAUAAAAAUGUUAGAGGAAAUAGGAUGGGAAAACAUAGAGUUGCAGGAAAUAUUUAAUAAAAUAUUGAAAAUUUCAUUAUGGGGUAAUAAAUUUGAUUUGUUUUUAUCAAAUAUGAAUGUCCCACAAGUUAGUGAUAAUCUUUUGACCAAAUUACAUACAUAUGAUCAACAUAUAAUAUGUGAUGAUUCUCAACAAAUAUUUGAAUAUCUUAUCAAAACAAAGAAUGAAACAUAUAAUAAUAUUUUAAAUGAGAAGGGUAGCCAUGUUAUAAACCAUUCUAAUAUUAGAAUAAUCAAUUUAAUCAUUGAUAACUCAGGAUUUGAAUUAUUUACUGACCUUGUCUUAGUUUAUUUUUUAUUAAAGACAAAUCUUGCAGACAAAAUACUAAUAAGAGGCAAGAAUAUGCCUUGGUUUGUGUCUGACGCAACUGCAAAAGAUCUGAAAAGUCUUUUGACAUGGUUAUUAUAUCCAUAUCACAAUAAAGAAAAUAAUUGUAUAUAUAAUGAUAGAUAUGUAAGUGAAAUUUCAAAUGAUUGUGAUAUUAAUCUGUCAGACAAAGAAAAUAAUAGUCAAUUGCCAAAAACAAAUAAUACCCAAGAAUUAGAUAAUAAUAUGAAUUAUUAUGGAGUAUGGUUUGCUCAGGAAAUUUUAAAAUUAAUGGGAAACCUUCUAGAUACACCUGAAAAAGAAACAGUUAAUAACUCAAAACCUAGCCUAAUAUACAUUGAUAAUAUGUAUUGGACAUUGCCUAAUGAUUAUGAUGCAAUGAUAGAACUUGAUCCAAAAUUAUAUGAAGAACUUUCCAAAUCACUUUUGAUAAUUUUUAAAGGUGAUUUAAAUUUCAGGAAACUGGUUGGAGAUUUGAAAUGGGAACCACAAACCCCAUUUAAAGACUCCCUAAGGCGUUUUACCCCAGCUCCUUUAGUUACUCUAAGAACUGUUAAAAGUGAUACGAUUGUUGGUUUAUCACCUGAAAAUAUAAAAAUACCUAUUUUAAUUUAUCCUAAAAAUUGGAAGUUUAUUGGUGAUUAUGCUACCAUAUAUUUUAACCAUUAAUCACUGAUUGAUAAUAUUUACUGAUUUUUUUACCUCUUUCCCCUCUCAUCUCUAAAAAAUAAUAUCUUUUCCUUCUAUAAUGCUUUAUAUAUUAUAUUUAUUAUUCAUGAAUUUGGCAUGGGAAAUUUAUAAUUAUUUUA